CCUUAUGAUGCAAUCCAGUAAAGUAAACUUGCUUUUGGAACAAUAAACCUGUCACAUCAUUUUCACCAAUGAUGUGCUUUUUCCUUAAAGGAAGGCGGGGUUUCUUGUAAGUAUCAGGGCCAUAAAUAAGAGGGUCCUAUGUCAGGGAAAUUAGAAGUCUGUUAACAUAAGCGAAUAGUCAGACUGAGCAUUAGAGGGCUUUUCUAAACCAUUUAAGUCUGUUGAAAUUGAACUGCACAGAGAUUAGAAAGUUUAGAUAUAAGAUCAACAGUAAGAGACUAUUUUCUUUUAGUUGGCCAGUUAGCCGUGUUGAAGGCAGCAUGAAUCCUGUGCACAGUACCUUGUUGUCUUCAGUGCUUCUUUUCACCCUCAGAAUUCAGGAGCUGGUAGAGGCAUGCAGCUGUGCCCCUGCACAUCCACAGCAGCUAAUCUGUGAUUCUGCUUUAGUAAUUCGUGCAAAAAUAUCCAGUGAAAAGGUGGUUCCUGCCAGUGAUGACCCGCUUGACACUCACAAAAUGAUCCGGUAUGAAAUCAAACAAAUAAAGAUGUUUAAGGGGUUUGAAAAACUGAACGAUGUUCAGUAUGUCUAUACUCCUUUUGAUUCAUCUCUCUGUGGAGUGAAACUAGAAGCUAACAACAAGAAACAAUAUCUCCUCACAGGCCAAAUAUUAAAUGAUGGUAAAGUUCUCAUCCAUUUAUGCAAUUACAUUGAACCGUGGGAUGAUCUAUCCUUGUCUCAAAAGAAGAGUCUUAACCAGAGGUACCAAAUGGGCUGUGGCUGCAAAAUUACUACCUGCUACAUGGUGCCCUGCUCAAUCACUACACCAAACGAGUGUCUCUGGACAGACUGGCUGAUAGAAAGGAAGCUGUAUGGGCACCAGGCCAAGCAUUAUGCCUGUAUCAAGCGAAGUGAUGGCACUUGCAGCUGGUACCGAGGUGGCCCCCCGCCAGAGAAAGUGUUUACUGACAUCAGCGAACCUUAAAAUGAUCACUUCCUAAAAAGCCUGGGAGGCUAAUUCCAUCAAACGUUGCACGCUCACAGCUUUGAACUGCCAACAUCUUAUGUAUCUGUUGCUUAGAAACAAAAACAAAUUGUGCUUACAAGUAAAGUACAGAGUUUGUGGAAUUGGCACCCAGGCAAGAAGAAGAACAAAUCUCUUGGAGGUAGCUUAUAAAGUUCUGCUUUGUAUACAGGGGCUUUAGUUGAGAAUGGUCCUCUGUGUUCUCAGAGGCAUAACAACUUUCCUUUUUACCAAUAUGAAUGUAGAAGAACAAAAGAAUGAUCAGAUUUUUGCCCCCUACUCCAGUUACCUAGCAGAUUAAGAAAACCCUGUGUUUCAGUCCAAAACAGUCUUUCUGAUACGUGAAGAAUGUUUUAUACAACUAUUUUUUUUUCUGUAUGGAAGCCUUCUGAUAAAAAUAAUAAUUAUUGUAAAGUGUAUAUGUAAAGUAUUAUAACAAUGUGCUGUAAAAAAAGAUUCAAAGAUUCAUGUUUUCUUCAUAUUUGUUGAAACAAGUUAAACAUUUUUCUGAUUAAAAACUUGGUUUUUUUUGUAUGUUA